GUAUCUUGCCUGCUGGCGAUCGUUUGCAAAGACCUGCACGCCGAUUUUGGAUUUAUUUUUGCAAUGCUUCGAUCGUGGUGGUUCGUUGGGGUCUUCGUAGCAUGUGCAUCUGGACAGAAGCUAUGGGAUGUCCCAGUAUCUCCUCCAAGCCAGCCUGGCUCCGGAAAACUGCAGUGGGAACCGCAGUGCCAGUACCAAUUGCGCCACCUUCAGGACGGCGCUAGAAUAGCGGCUCUCCUUCCACCCAGACUGGAAGGUCAUUGGAUUUCAACAGGGUGUGAGGUCCGGCCAGGACCCGAAUUCCUCACCCGGUCGUAUAUGUUCUAUGCCAACCGCCUCUUCAAAGCCUAUCAGUUCUACUACCGUGACCCUUCUUGCCAGGAUCCCACCUACUCUCUGGUCAUCAAAGGCAAAAUUAGGCUCCGGCAAGCCUCCUGGAUCACACGGGGGGCCACUGAAGCGGAUUACCAUCUUCACAAAGUCGGCAUUGUCUUCCAUAGCCAGAGGGCCAUGCAAGAAACGGUGGCUCGCAUCAACCGGACUUCAGGAGAGCGCUGCCGUGGGUUUGUGCCGGCCGGGCGGACUUGGGCUCCCGGUGCCCUGUAUGAGCUUCUGAGUGCUAAAGUGGAACAGGAUUGCACCCCAGGCCUUGGAUUUGCUAUGCAUGAACUUAGCCUCGUACGAGUGGAGAAGUUCCACCAGGCAGCGCUGCUCCAGAAUAACCAGGGGAGCCGAGAAGUGGAAGAGCUCUAUCUUGGGGACAUCCACACUGAGUGGUCGGAAAGACGCCAUUAUCGGCCAACGGGUUAUCAGCGCCCCCUGCAGAGCGCCAUGCACCAUGUCCACCCUUGCCCUGCCUGUGGGAUUAUAUACAGAGGCGACGAGCAUCACCCACCCAUAUUACUGGCCAGGCCUGAGCUCCCCAUGUGGCUGAGCGGCCGCUGGGUCAGCUCUCGGUGUGAGGUCCGCCCAGCAGUGCUUUUCCUCACGAGGUAUUUCACUUUCCACGGCAACAACCGCAGCUGGGAGGGCUACUACUACCACUACUCGGACCCUCUCUGCAAGCAGCCCACCUUCACCGUGUAUGCCUCGGGCCACUACACGGAGGGGGCGCCCUCCGUUGUCGUGAAGGGAGGCACCGAGCUGGUCUUCAGGGUGACCCACGCCCGGGUGACGCCCAUGGAUCAGGCGACGGCGGUGAUGCUGAACUCCUCUGAGGCCGGGAGCUGUGGGGAGGCCGGCGCUUGGAGCAUCGGGCGGGAGCUGGACGUCACCCACACGAACGGCUGCGCGGCUCUGGGCAUCAGGCUGCCCCACACGGAGUACGAACUCUUCCGAAUCGAACGGGAUGCCAAAGACCGCAGCUUGCUGUACAUCGGCGAGAGACCGACGGAUGGGUCGAGCCCCAACACACCUGGCAAGAGGCCCACCUCGUAUCAGUCUCCUCUCUUCCAGUGCGGGAUGCCCUCAGCAGUUGCAGCAGGACACAGCCAGCCCAGUUACCUGGGAAGAUUAGGGGCUGACCUUAACAGUGGCGCUCCGAAGACGCUCUCCAGAGCCUCUGCCCUGGCCUUUCUAGUUGUGCAGCUUCUCAGAUGGGACUGAACACGGAUGCUCAUGUGCCAGUGGGUUGCACAGAGUCCAGCCAGCCCUUCCUUAGUGUUAAGACCUUCGUUUGUUCAUACCACAAUGAGCCUAUCUGGAAGCAGUUGCAAACUUCACACUCGAGUUUCCUGAGGUGAAACCCUUCCCUUCAUGCCCAAGUAUGGACACGGACAACGGAGCUGACGUUUUUUUUAUUGCCGAUGUAAAAGUCAUCAGGUGACUUAAGUUGUACUAAACGUACAAUUAUGUGUAGAUCUGAAAGUCCUUUCUGCAAGUCUACUCCCACACAAAAAAGUAUAGAGAAGUAAUCGUGCUUUCACAGGACUGUUUUGUUUUGAAAUCACUUUGAAUUGAUAUUGCAGGUGCUAUUUACAAAAUGUAACCGUUUUUAUUAAGUGCUGUCAAGUAAUCUCUGACCUAGGAAAGAAAGCCUUCCAGAAUGGCCUGUCCUUCAGUCAUGCUCAGCUCUUGCAAUCUCAGGGCUGUGGCUUCCUUUAUGGAAUUAAUCUAUCUCAUCAUUGGUCCUCCUCCUGCCUUUCCCUAGCCUGAUAGUCUUCUCCAGGAAGGCUUGCCUUCACAUGAUGUGUCCAAAGUAUGACAGCCUCAGCUUUGUCCUUCUUGCUUCCAGAAAAAGUUUGGUCUUGAUUUGAGGUAUGACCCAUCUUUCUGCCAGUCCUGGGUAUUCACAAAGCUCUCCUCUAAUACCAUGUUUCCCAUGCAUCCAUCUUCUUCCUGCCAGCUCCCUUCACUGUCCAGCUUUCACACCCAUACUUGGUGAUGGGGAAUACAAUAGUUUGGAUUAUCUUGGCCUUGGUCUCCAGUGAAACAUCCUUAACACUUGAUGUUCUUUUCUAAUUCCAUCAUUACUGACCUUCCAAAUCUCUUUCUUCAAAUUUCUUGGCUUUGUAUGCAAAACCUUUUACAGUUUCAGUUUCUCCAUAUGCUGACAUUAUAGUUCUGUAAAUCUUCUGCAGUUAUGUAGCUAAAAACUUUAAAAGAACCCAGUUGUUGGAAUUAGCUUGGCUUCUAGCUCAGAGACAAAUGUCACAUGAGAGGAAAUACUCUUUUAUUAAAAUUGUCAUCCUGGGCCUAGGAUAGAGGGCCUGAUCAGACAGCUGGAGUAGAUGGUUUAUUAUCAUUUUUUUACUUCAUUGCCUUUAUAUCC